UGUUUCUAGGGCUAGGGUUUUGCAGCUUCUUCCAAGUUCUUUCAGGGGGGACUCUUUCUUGCGGCUAUGGUCGGGAGUGGAAGCCCUGAGAUUCAAUCCGCCGGGAUCUCGUCAUCAGACGACGACGAGGAUUCCACGGCUGGGGUGGAUUAUCUGCGGCGGCGGCUCAAGCGAUUGAUCUCCAGGCACGAUUCCUUGGAGGAGGAGGCCGCGUAUUUCCCAUGGAUGCAUUCUCACAAUCAGUCUAGCUCUGGAUUGCUGCUCUUCAAGCUCGCAUUCCAAUCGAUUGGAGUCGUCUAUGGCGACCUUGGGACGUCGCCAUUGUACGUCUUUAGCAGCACUUUCACUGGCGGGCAUAUCCCAAAUCCGGAGAAGGAUAUCGUCGGGGCCUUGUCGCUUAUUCUCUACACCUUGCUUCUCAUCCCGCUUUGCAAAUACGUGCUUGUGGUGCUGCGAGCAAACGACAAUGGCGAAGGUGGUACCUUUGCACUGUACUCUUUGAUCUCUCGGUAUGCCAAAAUCAGCGUGGUUCAUCCUACAGAUCGUCAGCUUUCGACUUAUAAGUUGCAAGUUCCUAGCAAAGAGCUGGAACGGGCCCUGUGGAUCAAAGAGAAGCUCGAGAACAGUGGGCUUCUGAAGAACUUACUGCUCCUUAUCACGUUAAUUGGAACCUGUAUGAUUAUAGGAGAUGGAACACUUACACCAGCGAUCUCGGUUCUAUCUGCUAUCAGUGGUCUGAAAGUGGCAGUACCAGCUAUGGACCAAAAUGUCGUUGUUAUUGUUUCCAUUGUGGUCCUGGUCAUCCUCUUCAGCUUGCAGCGUUUUGGAACGUCAAAAGUGGCGUUUCUUUUUGCCCCUGCUCUGCUGUUGUGGUUUCUUACAAUUGGUGUCAUUGGACUCUACAAUUUGAGCAGAGGAGACAUGAGGGUCUUCCAAGCUCUCAAUCCGUGGCACAUCUAUCUCUACUUUAAGAGGAACGGGAAGGUUGCAUGGAUAUCUUUGGGAGGAAUUGUCUUGUGCAUUACAGGAACCGAAGCUAUGUUUGCUGAUCUUGGCCACUUUUCUGUGAAAUCUAUUCAGGUCUCAGGGCACGGAAUGGCCUUUUCUGGGAUGUAUUCAGAAAGCCUCAGUGUUUACUGUAUCUUUCAGUUUAUACUAAAGCCGGAACUAAGUUGUCUUCUUUUUGUGCAGAUUGCGUUUACAACAGUGGUGCUUCCGUGUUUGCUUUUAGCCUACGGUGGACAGGCUUCGUAUCUUAUAAGAAAUCCCGAACAUGUGGGCGAGGCAUUUUACAAAUCGAUUCCUGGUCCAAUCUUCUGGCCUGUAUUCGUAAUAGCAACUAUGGCUGCUGUUAUCGCCAGCCAGGCUAUGAUAUCAGCAAGUUUCUCCGUUAUGAAGAUGGCAGAAUCAAUGGGAUGUUUUCCUCGGGUGCAUAUUCUUCACACGUCAAAGCGGUUUCCAGGGCAGAUUUAUAUACCUGAGAUAAACUGGCUUAUCAUGAUCCUGACUGUAGCUCUCACGGCAGGAUUCAAGGACACAACUCAACUUGGAAACGCAUAUGGUAUUGCCGUGGUUGCCACGAUGUGCGUCACAACUUCUUUGGUCACGCUCAUCAUGUUAAUGAUCUGGCAGAUCAAUGUCCUCGUAGCACUGGGUUUUUUCCUUCUGUUCGGAACCAUUGAGCUGGCGUACUUGUCAUCUGUUCUUUUCAAAGUCACGGAAGGUGGAUGGGUUCCACUAGUUCUCGCAGCCGGUCUCCUCUUCGUCAUGUACAUAUGGCACUAUGGCACGAAGAUGAAGCACAAGUACGAAGUGAGGCACAAGCUUCCAAUGGACUGGAUAUCUCAGCUGGGCUCCAAUCUCGGGACAGUCAGGGUGGCCGGCUUGGGACUGGUGUACAACGAGCUCGUCCAUGGCGUCCCGGGGAUUUUCCACAGGUUUAUCACUUACCUCCCUGCAAUUCACUCGGUGCUGGUGUUUGUCUGCAUCAGAUACGUGCCAGUCGCGACGGUUCCUCGCGAGGAAAGGAUAGUGGUGAGGCGUAUCGGCCCCAAGAGCUAUCACAUGUACAGGUGCAUCGUGAGGUAUGGAUACAGGGACAUGCGAACCGAGACGGCGUGGCUAUUCGAGCAACUGCUGGUGGAGUGCCUGGAGAACUUUAUCCGCCGCGAGGCUCGGGAGGAGGCUUUGGAACGAGCAGAGAACGCCGCCGCCGCCGCCAACAACGAGAGCUUGUGCACGCCGCUUCUGCUGAGAAGGGUGGAGUCCGGGGAGUUCGAGGAGGACUUGAUGGUGGCGGACAACGACGACGAGGCUGGCUCGUCCGUGAGCGAGGACGAUUCUCUGGCGUUGCUGAGGAAGUGCCGAGAGACCGGGAUCGUCUACUUGCUCGGCCACGGCGACGUGAGAGCUCGAAAGGACUCGUUCUUCCUUAAGAAGCUUGUCAUCAAUUACUUCUACGCGUUCCUCCGGAGGAACUGCAAGCAGAGAGCCGAGACGCUCAACAUUCCGCCCGGCCAGCUGCUGAGGAUUGGGAUGACUUAUUUCGUAUAAGAAAGGUGGCAGAGAUGCAACUGUAAAUGGCUUGCACAUAACCAAAGGAGCUAGAAGCAUUAAGAUGGGGGGAGGAGGAAGACAACGAUGGCUUUGCCACAAGAGGUUGUGGAGGAGAUACUGCUCAAGCUGCCCUACUCGUCGCUCUUGGCUGCCAAGUGCGUUUGCAAGGCGUGGAAAGCAGCGAUGGACAGCUCCAGCUUCAAGAGCAGCUACAGGGACAGUGCUAAGUUCUUCACGAAGGACAACUGCGUCGUGGACAGCAGCGGCAAGAUGAUGCGAUGGGCGCCACGCGGUGAUGGUCCGCAGCCAGACUGCCUGUGCACGGUCUCGGAGGACAAGCGUUUCAUGCUGGCUCGCUCCACACUCCAGAGGAGGCUGUACCUUGGGAAUCCUUUCCUCAACCAGUGGGAAGAGAUUCCGUUCGUGCUUUCGAGUGACUGGUCCAGGGCUUGCAUCUUCAACAGCAAGAUCGUGGUGUGGGACUUGGAAGUUUUCACCUUCACACGCAGGGACAAGGAUUGGUUCAGAUUGGAAGAAGCCAAAUACUUGGUAAGCCCUGUGGUGAUAGACAACAAGAUGUUUUACAUGAAUCUUCUAUGCACGAGAGUGACCGAGUUUGACACCACAACUAAUAGCUUUUCCUAUUGCACCUUGCCCAGUGAUGGCCACUUGGAAAUCCAAGCUCUAUCUAGUGAAUGCUA